UUGGUACCACUUUUUAUUACAAGAGGAAAUUAACAAAGUCAUCCUUUUAUUUUUUUUAUAUAUAGGUUGGUGUGAUCCUCAUUUCAUUACUCAUUUGCUCUUUUACAAGUUUUUAUUAUUAUUCCAACUCUAGCAAGGAGAAAGAGCUUACAACAUAACACUUUCAUUUUAUUAUUUCAUUCUCUACUCUCUAGCAUAUAGUCAUAGUCGUAGUCGCGGUGGUGGUAGUGGUGGUGCUUUAUUAUACGCGUUAUGGGACGACAACCUUGUUGUGACAAACUAGGUGUUAAAAAAGGCCCUUGGACCGCUGAGGAAGAUAAAAAGCUUAUCAACUUUAUCCUCACUAAUGGGCAAUGUUGUUGGAGGGCUGUCCCUAAGCUCGCCGGUCUUCGGCGUUGCGGUAAAAGCUGCCGUCUCCGGUGGACUAACUAUCUCCGGCCUGACUUGAAACGUGGCCUUCUUAGUGAUGCUGAAGAACAAUUGGUUAUUGAUCUUCAUGCUCGACUUGGAAAUAGGUGGUCCAAAAUUGCUGCAAGAUUACCGGGGAGAACGGAUAAUGAGAUCAAGAAUCAUUGGAACACCCAUAUUAAGAAGAAACUUAUUAAGAUGGGAAUUGACCCCGUUACCCAUGAACCUUUAAACAAAGAUCAAUCCCCAAAUAAUCAAAUUAUUCCAAACCAAUCAUCUUCAUCUUCUAACAACAAUAAUAAUUCUGAUAUAAGCACGGCUGAGUCCUUAAAUCAAACCCAGUCAUCAUCAUUAGAGACAGCCAAUAGCGAUCCAGCUAAUAGCAUGUCGGUCAUUAAUUCAAUGUCGGAGGACAUUACUAACAAUAAUAGCCCUCCGACAGAGAAUAGCUCGAGUGUUAAUAAUGAUCAGCCUAACACUUCGAGCUUAAUCGAAGGCAUUAGCAUUGAUAACGCGCUAAUGAAUUACUUAUGGGAUGACAACGAUGUUACACCGUUGGAGUUGCCUUACUCGUACAAUAGUGAUCAAACUUGUUUGUCAAGCAAUAAUGUUGCUAAUACCAUUACCUUGCCUACAUGGGAAGAUAACUGUUCGUGGCUAUUCGAUUGUCAAGAUUUUGGUAUCCAAGAUUUCGGGCUUGAUUGUUUCAAUGACAUUGAAAUUAUGAACACAAUGGAUGUGUUAGAAAUGGGUAACAAUCAAUAAUAAUGAUAAUUAAUUAGCGCGAUGGUUUGGGUCAUUAUCGGGAGUAAUCAAUCAAACAACAGUCGAGCUACGCACACGUACAAGAUGACCACCGGGAAAACACGUAUGUACGUACAUGCAUGUAUGACAUAUGAUGCUACAAAAUUAAGUAGCAUGUUUCCAAAUUAGGUUAAUUAAUUUUCAUUUCUCGGGUGGUUGUUUUUAGCCAACCAUAUGUGAGAAUAUCAUACCAUACCAAAGUGAUACGAGUACAUCAUAGUGAAAAAAACUGAAAAUAGUGCACUUUUUAUUUGUUAUUUUUUUUAAUUAAUUGUGCCUGUAAAUUAUUGUUCAAAAAGUUGAUGAGGCGCCCCUUUGGCGUUGUCUUCCUGUGCAAAGGAAAGCCUUUGUACAUAAAUUAUGUACCUACCAUGAUGAAUAAUAAUGAUAAUAAUAUUUGUUGUCAUUUUAUAAACAAA